AUGGCCUCCGACCAAUCUUCUCUCUACGGACAACGCCGUACCAAAUCCGCCAAAGGCACAGACACAUCCAACUCAUCCAGCCUCAACUUCUCCUCGCACCUCUCCUCCCUCAUCGCCCAAGACUCAGGCACAGGCCGCGGCCGAGCCCGCCCAUCCAAGACCCCCAAAUCCGACCUCUUCGCCAAACCCAACAAAGGAGCCGAAAAGCGCCUAGCUACCGACCUCAAAGAUGAAGGACACACAGAACAAGUACACAAGCGCAGCAAGGAUAUCGGCACAGUCGACGAAGCCACCCUCGGCCGAUCCAAGCGCAAAAUGGCCGCAAAGGUCCGACUAUACAACGACAUGAAGAAAGGAUCGCACCUCGCAGCCCAAAGCAGCGACGAAGAAGAAGAUUACACACCCGCCGACUCCAAGGGUGAAGAUUACUACUCGCGGCUCCGCCGCAAAGAAAAAGAAGGACUGGUCGAUUUCGACCGCAAAUGGAUGGACGAACAACGCAAAGGCGAUGGCGAUGCGGGCGACGAAGACGAUGAAGACGACGAAGACGAUGAAGACGACGAAGACGAUGAAGACGACGAAGACGAUGAAGACGACGACGACAAUGCGUCCCAGGUAUCGUACGAGGACGAGUUCGGGCGCACGCGCCGCGGCACAAGGAAGGAGGCUGCGCUUGCGGCGCGCACGAGGGACCAGGAGGCGAAUCAGGAGCGCGUGACGCGGGAGCGGUGGCAGCCUGUGCGCCCGGAUAAUUUGAUUUACGGCGCGACGGUGCAAGCCGAGGCGUUUAAUCCGGAGGAGACUACGAUGGCGGCGAUGGCGAAGCUUGCUGCGCGGCGGGACCGGUCGGCUACGCCGCCGGAGGAGGUGCACUAUAAUGCUGAUGCGGAGGUGCGGAAUCGGGGAACGGGGUUUUAUUCGUUUUCUGGGGAUCAGGAUGAGCGGAAGAGGCAGAUGGAUGAGUUGUUGGCGGCGAGGCAGGAGACGGAGCAGCAGCGGCGGGUUAGGCUUGAUAAGCGGGCGGCGUGGGAUGAGAGGAUGAAUCACCGCCGUGAGGAGCUUGCUAAGUUGCGAGGGGAGAGGAUGACGGAGAGGCUUUUGAAGGGGCUUUCUGGUGAUGCGACUUUGGCUCGGCGGCCGGAGAUAUGA